CGGUCUUGUUUCCAGGAGUAGGUCUACGACUUACGAGUGGCUAUCGCAUUUUUAGGUGAGCGAAUUCAGAGACAGAUAGAGUGUCUCUGCGCUUUGCCUGUGGAUAGUUUAGCCUUUACGCUUUAGGGUUUCCCUCAGGCAAGUCUCUGAGACACUGCGAGAGCGUCAGUAUUUUGCCGAGUCAGAUACACGCAACUGAAGUCCAAUCGAGUCUGUGAUGUCCAGACAGCCCUCACUGAUUUGCUCCGGCCCGCUCUGCCUAGUCUGCUGAGUCUGACGUGUGCUCACAGAGCAUGUAGGCCGCAGUGAGUACAUGAGAUGGUGGCUGCAUGCCCGCUGCACAAUGGCUGAGCGACAAGAAGAUUUUGAUGCAAUGGAUGCUCGUCUCCAAGAGCUAGCUGCAGAAUCACGAGUCCUUGAAGCGAAGGAGCAAGCACUGAAGGAUCAUGAAAAAAGGAAGUUGGUGGAAUCACUUGGCAUUCCGAAAUCAUUAGCGCCGGACCUUGCCAUGUAUGAUCAGCACCAUCUUGAGCUGCUCCGGGACAUGGAGCGUCUUUCGACUAAGUACGAGGGUCUGGUGAGGAAUGCCAGCAGAAUGGUCACAGCAAGGCGCAAAGCAAAGGCUGAUAAGCAAGAGGUAUUGUACGGCAAGCAAGGCGCAGAGAGUCGCUAUCCAGCUGGAAAGUCCCACCGCUCAAGCAGCCACAGCAGGAACACAGGCAAACAUGCCAGAACUCAACACAAGACCAUAGACAGAUCACCGUCUCAAAUGAAAGUUCAAGCACUAGCAACUGACAAUCUACAAAUUGACCGAGUACCAACAGAGGAUCACGAUAGAGGAUGGACUAUGGGUGAGUAUCACUAUGCUGGACAUGAUCAGCGGAAGCAGAAUCGCCAGCAGCGCCGGCACCGGCGACCACACCAGCACCACCGUAAUAGUGAUCAUGAUGGCGAUACCGCUCGGCCUCUGACAUCACACCCUCCAGGCAAGGCAGACCAUGGGGACCGCCAGUCACACCAACGCACCAACCACAUCAUUUCUGAUCAUCCAAGAUCGAAUCAUGGCAGCCGAAUAAGCAAAGCCUCGUCUCGCAAAUCUGCAGAGGGCAGUCAAAGAUGGGUGGUUGAACGCCAAACAGUUUCCCAUACACACCACCUGCAGUCGGCUAGUGAUGAUGACUAUGCCGAGACCACUCUGCUAUCACACACAUCAAGCUGGGUGGACUCUGGCAACGAACCGCUACCGCAGAAACACGUAAAGCACAGGGCAGAUCAGUCUACUGCUGAGCCAGCCCAGGAUGGCAAAGCCAGACCACUAGGUCGGUCGCACAGAGAUGACCACAGUGACAAGCGACCGGCUGAACAGGCGCAUGAUUACCACAGCCAACGGCAUGGGUCCAGAGACCCUGAUGAACUCGUGGAAGACAGUAGUGGCCCAGGAGUUGCUGAAUCAUCAUCCACAACACACCAUAUUGACUCAAGUAAGCAUUCCGGUGGAAAAUUGGCCCACAAGGCAGGAACUCAUUACAAAGGAUCAUGUCACGACAUAGCUAGAGUGUCACCUUCAGCAUCUGCUAAAGGCCACAGAAGUCCAUCACCCAGGUGUAGCAGUUCUCAGCAUAUCCAGCCCCAACCCAAGCACAUCGAUGAUGGCUGCGAUGCUACUGAUUCACUACACACAGCACAACAGGUGAACUCGAGUAAGGAUUCAAGGCACCAGCCUACCCACAAGGUCAGAUCUUCAUACAAGAAAUCCCGAUCUGACAGAAAGCCUAGAGCAUCAUCGCCCGCACAUGCACAUGAUCGGCGAAAUCGCUCUACUCAACUCUCCAGCAAGAAGCACAGCCGACACGAACCUGAACAUAUGGACCAUAGUUAUAGCACUACUGCCUCCUCCAAUGCUAACACACUACCUUCAAAACGCCACGCAAGCAGGCGGUUGACAUCUGCAUCUCAACAAUCACGCACUGGUAGUGGGAGCACAUUCACAGACAAGCGUUCUGCACACAGAGGUGGUGGUCACACACCGUGGGAAAGGCACCAUACCAAUGCUCCAUACGGGAAUUACCAAGCAGCCAGUGAACGUGUACAUGCAAGUUGCACUGAUACAACACUAACGACGGAGCAGCCAUACAUGGCAGAGUCGAGCAAACAAGCAUCUGAUAGUGAUCCGGAUGCAGGCCCAACACCUGAAGUUGAUGGAACAUCUCCAUGGGACGAUCAAAUAAUGUACCAUCUUUCGAGAGCUAAAGCGACAAUGGCAAAACUCAAUGUCAUAGAAGCUGCUCGUGUGGAGAGUCUCAGCACCAUUGCAGAUAGAGGAUCCGUCCAGGGCAAAUCGCAAUCUGGACGUCAAUUUCAGAUGGCGGAUGGAUCAUCCCAGGUCAAUUCCCCUGCCACAAGUAGAACUGGGCAAAGCCUUCCAUUGGCAACCGGGGAAAGCCUUCCAUUGGCAACCGGGGAAAGCCUUCCAUUGGCAACCGGGGAAAGCCUUCCAUUGGCAACCGGGCAAAGCCUUCCAUCGGCAACGGAGCGACUACCUGCCAGUCUACUGAUAGCGCGACCUUUUGUGCCAUCAUUGGGCAUUCUAACACCAUCAUCAACUCACGCUAGCAGUCCCACUAAAUCCCCAGCAGUAUAUGCUGCAGACAGUCUCAGCAAUUCCUCAGCAACAGCACGCGAGCUCUCACUGGAUGAUUACCUGGAGAGCAUCCUAAACCAAGGUGCAACGAGUCGCAGAGAUCACCCAGAUCACCGUGCCACUCUGGCUGAAGACAAACUAGCGCAUGUGACAGAGCAUCACACCGUACCAGGAGAUAAGCGGGGGAGAGCAGUAAGCCAGGGCACGAGAAACCAAGCCAAUCGCCACGAUGCCAGUGUGUGCAGAGAUGAAUCUGACAACACCGAUGACUAUGACUGUAUUGACGAUGGCGACAUAGCUGGAAUGUCACUUGAUCCGGAAAAGGCCAUGCCCGUGAUAUCUGACGCGUACGCCGCAGCAAUCAGUUUGCAAAGCAGUCUGGGACUGGGAGAGCCGGCAGGUGACAAUGACGACUAUGAUGACGGUGGCGACGAUUACGAUGAUGAUGACUACAAUCACGACGGUGGCAUUCCUCGCACGCUCAGUGAAGGAGAAUUAUUUGUGCCAGAGCACAAAGAAGCAGAUGAGCACCUUACAGCGUCUGAAAUAUCCGACAGCUGCUACUCAGUUGGCUUUGUUGGUUCUUCCCGGAUGGCCACACCACAACAGAAUGCUAGCUCAAUGGCUACAAGCCACCAUGGUCACCAGCCGGUAUCGUCUUCACCCGAGAACAGUACGCAGGAGGACACCAGCAGGGCGUCAAGUUCUCAACGGCAAACAUUCCUGCUCAUGCAACGCACCUUGAUGCAUGGUUCCCAGGGUCAGCUCACUCAGCUGCCAAGAUCCACUACACAUAUCAACACCAGGGCUCCAAGCCGCCCAUAUGAUCUGGCUGCAUCAUUGAACAUGUCCACUUUAUCUGACUUAUCAUUUGAUCUCCAAUCAUCCCUGUCCCACACCAGCGAUGAGAGUGAAGAAAACACGCCUUGAACUACAGCAUGCAGCCAGUCCUAAUGAAGACUUCCAUUGACAUUCCGUAAAGUAAUUUGAAACACAUCUUGUCAGCUAUGCCAACAACAUGUACUUUUCUGUACAUUGAAGAAAGUGAGAUACCAGUA